AUGGGAACAACAACUUUUAUCGACAUUAUCGUGGCCAUUCUUCUUCCUCCAUUAGGUGUUUUCCUCAAGUUUAGCUGUGGGGUUGAGUUUUGGAUUUGCUUCUUAUUGACGCUUUUUGGUUACAUUACUGGAAUCAUUUAUGCUAUAUAUAUUCUCACUCAGUAG